AUGUUUCUUUAUAACUUAACUUUACAACCUCCAACCACAAUUAAUGUUGCUGUGGUUGGUCACUUUUCGGGAACGAAGCAACAGGAGAUUGUUGUUUCUAGAGUAACGCGCUUAGAAUUUCUUAGGGCUGAUCCAAAUUCGGGCAAAUUACAAACUCUAUUGACCCAUGACGUUUUUGGGAUAAUUAGAUCUUUGACACCUUUUCGUUUAACUGGAGGCUCAAAAG